UAAGAUUGUCUGUACAAACAGUAAGUGGUUGUCGCGUCUAUGCACGCAUACCGCGCUGACGGUGCGAUACAAUCAUCCGUUGUUGUCGCAGCUGGACAGCACGCAGGAGCUAUUACAUAGCCUAAAUCUACCUUCAUUAUAGGCUACCACGACAAAAUAAUUCUGAUGGAGAACAUGCAGACAAUUGUGCUUUGGCUUGGUGUUUGCUUGACGCUGGUAAUAUCUACUCAAGCUAACCCUGUCGCGCCCCAGGACCCGGCCCUACCUUGCCUUGCUCCGUUACAAUGGGAGGGAAGAAUUGUGGAAUAUGAUCAUAGUACAGGGCGCAACACGCGGGCUUCCAUGUCGUACGAUGGACAAAACCAGCGUAUUCGGAUACUUGAACAGAAGAGAGGACAUGUACCGUGUAAAAAGUACUUUGAGUACAUCUACUUAUUCCAGAGUGGAGUAAUGUUCCAGAUUGAGCAAGUCACCAAGCAGUGCUCCAAGUUAGCUCUGACACAGGCUUGGGACCCCUUUGACAUCCCCUUGAACUCCACCUAUGAGGACCAGUACUUUAUUGGAGGCCCAGGAGACAUGAUUGAAGUACAGGAGUGGUCUGAUAGAAAGCCAGCUCGCCAAAAUGAGGCCUGGCUGGGUGUGUAUACGGUGAAAGAUUGCUAUCCUGUGCAGGAGACAUACACACGUAACACCAGUGUGACCACGUCCACAAGAUUCUUUGAUCUGGCACUGGGCAUCAGCGACCCCAGUGUGUUCACUCCCCCAAGCACCUGCCAAUCAGCCCUCCCGGUGAGGAUGACAUCAGCCUGCUGAGUCAGCCUGCUCUCUCUGACUGGGAUGCCCAUCUCUUCACGAUGUUGCCCUCACACUAUGGUGAAGAUAGAUGUAGAUGAUACACUGGAAAUCUGUGAUUGUAAGAGAGGUAGCCAGUAUGCUUGUUAAUGUGGUCAAAGUUGCAGGAAUGGUUAAAGCCUUAAGUGCAAAACACUUAUUUUGAUUUUCACCUUUUCUGUUUUCAUUCUGUGCCAUUUAAAUAGCCUAUUUAAAUAUUCUGUAAGUAAUGUUAGGCAUUGCUAACUUCUGUUCAAUAUAUAGUAUAAUCCUCUCCAAAAUGUGCAGUCCACAUGCAAAAUUGAAUAUCCUCUUUGGAUAAUAUAGUCAUGAUAAGUAACAUGUUUAGAUCCCCGGAUAAAGACCAAGAGGAGAUUGCCUGUUUUUUCUCAGUGUACAAGAAUGUAAACCUCACAUUAAUACAGCUAUCUAACCUGUAUUAUUAGCAUGGCCACAGCAGUUUAACUCUGUUGCUGUAAACUGGUAAGUUUUAUUUUUUAUCAUGUACAAUCAUGAUGCAUUUCUCCCUAGCGUGGUGUUACAAUAAAACAAACAAACACA